AUGGCCGAACCCAAAGUAUCACCCAUCCAAUCACCCCCAGCUGCCCAUAAUGGCGCACCAACCCCCCAGCAUCCACCCCAGAAUAUCAUGAUGAUUCAACCAACACCACUGAACGGCCUCGGCGCACUCCCCGCUGUGAUAGAUUGCCCCUACUGCCACCGCCGAACGCAAACAAGAGUCCAUGAAGAAGACUCGAGCAUGACUAUCGUCGCCGGUAUCGCCCUCGGCUGUCUCUGCAUCUGCCUUGCCUGUCUCCCCUGCAUAUUACACUGGUGUCAAAACAUCGACCACUACUGUACUGGUUGUAACCAACGCGUCGUGCACAUCCAGCACGGCGGCGUCCCGCAGGUCAUCGCGCCACCCCAGAACGUUCCGCAGCAGUACAAAAUGGAGAAUCCUCAACAGUACGGCGACCAUCAGUCGCCACAACCGCAGCAGCAGCAUGCUAGUGGGGGAAUGCAGUCGCCGUCUAUUCAACAGUACGGUAUUGAACAGGCACCCCAAAACCAGUAUUUUGGUGAAGCACAAUCGCCUGGUCCUUACCAGCUGGGUGGCUUGCAGCCUCAACCUUCGCAGCUGCAUUUUGAGGCACCGUCCCCGGGGGCGAAUGGACAGCCACACAAUCAGGGACUGCCGGGGUAUGCUAAAUGA